GAAAAGGAAGUUGUUGAAAGAUUCCAAUUGAGCAGAGGGUUAGAGAACAUUGCCGACACACUUACUGCGUUCAUGGUUUUGGCUCAUCACUUCCCUCUGUCAUGCGUUGUUGAAGGUGAGAACAUGGUGGGCUUCCUCGUUUGAACAGAAGCCAAGAAAAACGACUUUAUGGGGCUUCGGAAACUCCCUGGUCGCAUCCCAAUUUUUAGGAUAAGGAAGCGGAAGAGGGAAGCAUGCGCCUCGUUUGAAGGCAAAGGCCAAGAGAGGCGAUCGAUGGAAGAGAGAGAGAGAGAGGAAUCCCUACUCAUCCAUCUCUCCAUUCGCUAGACCCGAGUCACAGGAUAUGGCGGACGCGGAAGAAGCUGCAGAAGAGGGUUUAGGAGGUGAGAACGACGUCGUGCGCUUCGCGGCGGAUACGGCGCGACAUAGUAAAAUAUACGGUGCAGCCCGGAACAAGAAAGUGAUCCGAGUCCUCACCGUCGUCGGUUACGUGAUCUCUGUCUCUCUGGCUGGAGUCAUGCUCUCCCUCUAUUACACGUUCAUCUGGGAACCCGGAUCUACUGCAACGGCCUUGCCACACCCCCUCGUCCAGCCAGAACACGAUGACUAUGGUACUUCUGUCCUCGAUUACUGGGGAGAUAUCACGGAAGGAGAAAAUCAGAGCUUCCCAUAUGUUGAAAUGGUAGCGCCUCAAACGGAUCAGCAUGAAACAGCAAGGGGUAGCAAGGGCACUACUCAUUCUCUGCCCUCAAGAGAACCUUGAGAGUUCAGGAAAUGCGUCCUCAGAUCGCACUCCGGCGAAUCAGCACCUUUGUAUCUUCAUUUCUACUGCAAGCCUCAAUAGAAAUGCUUUUUGAAGAGUAAAGGAAAUUCCUACUUGGAUUGAAGCUGUGAUCCAACAUGUCUUCUAUCUUUCUUCUCCAUGUGUCCUCGGUCCUUGUUCCUGUUUUUGUUUUAUUGAGGGGACAUUUCUUUUGUAAUGCAGUCAUUGUAUCAGCAUUUCAAAUUCAC